AUGCAUUUUACACACUACACAGUACAGUACAUGUGUACUUACUCGAUCACCAUCAAGGACUCCACCACAACCGUGCGGGCAGCCCUGGAGAGUAAGCAUCCUUGCGGCACUCCAGCAGCAGAGCACAUCCUGAUAGCGGGAGCAGCGCCUCAGUGCCACCCAAUCCGAUUUGAUUCCCUGACUGCCGACCUCGUGAAAACCGUGGCCAUGCAGGCGAAAGGCUCGGCAGGUCCCUCUGGUCUCGACUCGUCAGCAUGGCGACGUAUGUGCUCGGCGUACAAAGGGGCCUCCAACAACCUUUGCUCGGCGAUGGCGUCCUUCGGCCGCUUGCUAGCAACACAAACCUUGCCGCCAGACUCUCUUACCCCCUUCACCGCCUGUCGUCUAAUUGCCCUGGACAAGAACCCAGGUGUCAGGCCCAUUGGGGUGUCUGAGGUCCUCCGUCGCAUUCUAGCCAAAUCCAUUCUCCGAGUAACGUCAGACGAUGUAAUGGAGGCCUGUGGUUUUCUCCAGAAGUGUUCUGGAUUGCCAGCUGGGAUAGAAGCAGCGGUCCACGCCAUGAAGCGCUUGUAUGAGGACGCCACAACUGAAGGAGUCCUACUAGUUGACGCGAAGAAUGCCUUCAAUUGCCUGAACCGCCAAGCAGCUCUUCACAAUGUUCGCCACUUGUGUCCUUCCCUGGCUACCACACUGCUGAACUGCUACCAAGAUGAUGCCCGCCUCUUCGUUUCUGGCGGUGGUGAGCUUUCCUCCGCAGAGGGUACCACACAAGGUGACCCUCUGUCGAUGGUUUUCUAUGCCCUCGCUACAUUACCAUUCGUACGGCACCUCCGCACUACCCACGCCAACAUCCGUCAAUUGUGGUAUGCCGAUGAUUCAAGUGGUGCAGGCAAGCUACGGGCCCUUCGACGCUGGUGGGAUGAUGUGGACGAGACCGGGAAACCUUACGGUUACCAUGUCAACGCCUCGAAGACUCUCCUCCUCGUCAAGCCUGACCUGCUCAACCUGGCCCACAGUGUCUUUGCAGGAACUGGCAUUGAAGUGGUCACGGAUGGAGCACGCUACCUGGGUGCCGCUAUAGGGACACCGGAUUUCAUCGCUGGCUAUACAGCUGGGAAAGUACAAGACUGGCAGCAGGAGCUUAUGCGACUGUCCGAGAUUGCCACUACCGAACCUCAUGCGGCGUAUGCCGCCCUCACACACGGAUUGCGUGGUCGAUGGACAUAUCUCCUUCGUACACUGGAGUUCUCAGCUGAACAGCUGCAGCGACUGGAUGACACGGUCACGGAGCACUUCCUUCCGGCUCUGACAGGGAAACGCACAUUCACGGCGGAUGACCUCUCUCUUCUACGGCUACCUUGCCGGCUCGGUGGAAUCGGUUUGCCAUACUUCAAAGAAAUUGCUACCUCCCAACUGCAGGCUUCCCAAGUCAUCACGAGCAGCCAGGUUGACGAGAUCAUCCACCAGCACGAUCGAGAGUGGCAGCAUCAUUCCUGCGACUUUGUGGAUCAGCUAGCCCGCCGUGAGAGAGCAUCUGCUGCCAAGUCCUCCAAGAAAGCUAGUGCUGCCUCUUUCGCUGCUCUCCGAGAAGCUGCAGACCGCCCCUUGGCCCGUCGUAUGGAUGAGCUGUCCCGCAAAGGCCCCUCUUCCUGGCUCACUGCUCUUCCUCUCAAGGAACAUGGGUUCCACCUCUCGAAGCAGGAGUUCAGGGACGGCCUUGCAUUGCGGUAUGACUGGCCUCUCCUCGAUGUCCCCACGAAGUGUGCCUGCGGAGUUCUGUUCUCCACUGCUCAUGCCAUGUGUUGCCCCCGGGGUGGCUUCCCUACAAUCCGCCAUAACGAAGUCCGUGACAUGGUAGGGGAGCUACUCACGGAGGUCUGCCACGCAGUGGCAAUCGAGCCUCAGCUAGCCCCGCUCUCUGGAGAGGUGUUUAUGGCUGCAUCAACAAACACCGCCGAGGAUGCCCGCGCUGAUGUCCGUGCCCGUGGCUUCUGGACCCGAGCACAGGAUGCUUUCUUUGAUGUACGCGUCUUCCAUCCUGAUGCGGCGUCCUACUCGGCCCAACCACUGGAUGCCCUACUGCUUCAGCACGAGCGCCAGAAGAAGCUGCAGUACGGAGAGCGAAUCGUCAAUGUGGAUCGUGGCACAUUCAGCCCGCUGGUGUUGUCAACUUCUGGUGUUGCCGCCCCUGAAUGUGAAAGGUUCCUUAAGCGCCUCUGUGGCUUGCUUGCCAGGGCUGAUUCCAGCAUGCCCUAUGCACACCAUGUUGCAUAUGUGCGCUGCAGGCUGUCUUUCGCGCUGCUCCGGUCCGCUGUCAUGUGUGUCCGUGGGUCUCGGUCGGCAUACCAUCGUCCAGCUAACGAGCUCAGGGAGCUGGCAGUGGUUGAAAGCAUGAUCUAA